GUAGAAUAUCCCCAUCCUGCAUGAACCGAAAACCGACUGGCCCUCGUGGCUGCACGAUCGUUUAGGAAAACAUUAUGAGAGUGUUCACUAAGAUGGCGAAACGUUGAGUUGUAUUGUAUAUAAAUUGAGAUGGAGUGGAGAAAUAUUGCAAGUGUCGUCGUUAGGUGUAUCCGCAAUCCCGUAGUGAACAAACUGAUAGUGAAUAUAAAGGAUAAUUAGCGUAGAAAGCCGAUCAAAAAUGCGUGAAUUUAAAGUAGUUGUUCUCGGAUCGGGUGGGGUUGGGAAAAGUGCAUUAACUGUUCAAUUCGUAUCUGGUUGCUUCAUGGAAAAAUACGAUCCGACCAUUGAAGACUUCUAUCGCAAGGAAAUCGAGGUAGACAAUAGUCCGUGUGUGUUAGAAAUCCUAGACACCGCAGGUACCGAACAGUUCGCCAGCAUGCGCGACCUCUAUAUAAAGAAUGGACAGGGUUUUGUCGUAGUGUACAGUUUAACAAAUCACCAAACCUUCCAAGACAUCCGCCCCAUGAAGGAUUUAAUUACCAGAGUGAAAGGGACAGAACGGGUCCCUAUCCUCCUAGUCGCUAACAAGGUGGACCUGGAACACCAGAGAGAAGUAGACUAUGCCGAAGGAAAUGUCCUUUCCCAGCAAUGGGGAUGUCCUUUCAUCGAGGCGAGUGCAAAGAACAAGACCAAUGUGAACGAGGUAUUCGCCGAAAUUGUCCGCGAAAUGAACUUUAGUCCAGAAAAAGAGAAAAAAAGUUAUUGUUGGUGUACUGUGCUCUAAUAACGGCCUCUUUUAUAUAUCUUUUUUUUUGUUUAAUUACAAUUAUUUCACUUCUAUCUUCAAUCUGUAUAGUUAAUGUACCAUCUACAAUUCCACGAUUCUGCGAUUUUUUAAUAAUAAUUAGUUGUUGUUGUUGUUGGGAACAAUGACACUUGCUUUGUGUUAACUGUGAAUGCUAAACUGAUCAUCUCUCGUCAUAAUCUCAAUUUCGAAUUUCAACCUAUCUGGUCUGUGUGCAGUAUGCUGGUCGGUAUCCAGUAACAUUAAUUUAAGUAUUCAGUUUAGCACUGUGAACUGUUAUGGAUUUAUCUAUGUAAAUGCUCAUUCUAGUAUACUUGAAAAAUUGCUUACAAGUGCACGAUAUUCUAUAUUUUUAUACAUUGAACAAAAAAUCUUGGAAAUAUUGCAUAAAAAAUAAUGUAUUUUAUUUACUAGUUUUUUAAACUGAACCAUAUCUACAGUAAGAUCUAAUGAUAUAGUGCCUGAAGAGAAAAUUUGCAAGUUAUGGAUAAAAGAACAUGGAUGGCGGUACUUCUGUCGGCCUAAAAAGUACUUUUUCCAAUUGGGGCCUCCCAGUGUAUAUUCACAAUUGGAAAAAUAUUAAGUCGAGCUCAUUCUGUAUAUAUUAUAGCAAUUUUAUCAAAGAUCUGUGUUUGUUACAUAGGAACUUUUUUCAAUCAAAAAAGUGAUGUGUGCUUGAAGAUGCGUGCCUGUUAUAACUAAUACAUGUUUUUGUAAUGAAAUGUUGCUGAUAGAGUGUGUGUUCUGAGAGCCAAAAAGGAUUUGUGAUAUAUACGUAUUAUAAUAAAGUUAAGUGGAAAAGUUGAUAUUUUUUUUAAUUAUAAUCUCCACAACAAACGUUUGUACUCUAUCAUUAUACUGUUCAUAUAUUUAUCUUGACCCUCAUGUAGCCGAUAAUCUACUUUUAAUCGAAUAUCCAAUUCGCCUUUUAUAAAUUCCAUGGUUAAGAAUGUUUUCAAGGAAACAAUAUAUUAUGUAUCUUAAAUUAUCUGGAAACCUCAGAAUUAUUUUUAAACGAAUGAUUAAAAUUCAUUCCCGUUUUGCCAAUUAAUUAGCAACCAUUUUAUUUUUAUAAUGAUUCAUAUAAAAAACAAAUAAGCUAAGUAUAUGAAGAUUAUUAUCAAUAUUUUUUGCUUCGCUUUA